AUGGACCACACACAUACACACGAUCACACGCACGAUCACGACCACCCCAUGCACGACCAUAACCAUGAUGCCGUGGAUCCUGCUGAAGCUGAACGUAUUCAUUUACGCAACGUCUUGACCGCCUUCACUUACUACAAAUCCCAUGCGCUGAAACGAAACCAUCGCCGUCGACACGACUUCCUCGCUCUUCCAGAACACCACAAACGACUUAUUCCUGACGUGAUGGAUAAGAUAAACCAAGUGGACCGGUGUAUCGAGCAAAACAUGAUCAUGCUUCGGGAUAUAGUCAAAUGCGCUGGCAUGUUUAUGGGUAUCGAUCCACGUGCUCUGGUCGCUGAAGGAUGUCGUGAUAAGGGCAACAAUCCACCUGUAACUCCUAUGGACAUGGACAAGGUGCGAAGCACAUUAAAGCAAUUUGUACGCGAUUGGGCUGAAGAGGGAAAAGCUGAACGUGAUGCCACUUAUCGUCCUAUCUUGGAAGAGCUCAAUUCGAUCUACAAAGAUCUCAAGGUUGAAGAACGAGGUCAUAUUCGAGUCUUGGUGCCUGGUGCAGGAUUGGGUCGAUUGGCUUAUGAUAUUGCUCGACAAGGUUUUAGCUGUCAAGGAAACGAGUUUUCAUUCUUUAUGCUCGUGGCAUCCAAUUUCGUGUUGAAUCGAAUGAGCAAGGCUGGGGAAUACGAGAUUUAUCCAUUCGUGCAUUCCUUUUCCAACAUCCGCUUGUCGUCACAACAACUUGCACCUGUGCGUGUCCCAGAUAUUGUGCCAUCCAAUUUACCAUCCACGGUUGACUUUUCAAUGGCUGCAGGUGAAUUCGUGGAAGUAUAUGGUGAUGAUGAGAGCAACCAUGGUGCAUGGGAUGUGGUGGUGACUUGCUUCUUUAUUGAUACGGCAACCAACAUCUUGUCCUACAUUGAGACUAUCCACAAGAUCCUCAAGGAGGGAGGUACCUGGAUCAACAUUGGACCUCUCUUGUACCAUUUUGAAGACGCACCCAACGAGUCAUCGAUUGAAUUGAGUUUGGAGGAAGUCAAGCGGGUAUCGAAGGAUAUUGGAUUCCAAUUUACGAACGAGAAGAUGAUCAACACCACCUAUACAUCGAAUCCAGAUGGCAUGUUGAAGUAUGUAUACGAGUGUGCAUUCUGGACAGCAAACAAGGUAUCAUCAUCAUCAUCAUCAUCAGCAUUAUCAUCAUCAUCAUCUACAUCGUUAUCGCAGCAGCAGCAGCAGCAGCAGUAA